AGGAGAUUUUAUAACAUUGAAUGAUAAGGCCUUACCUGUGAGCAAACUGCCAGAGUCCUCCAACCAUUCUGAGGGACACAGACAACAGGACAGGGCAUCAUGAGUGUGGAAAAGAAGACGGCACGAGAGCCAUGCUGCUCCAAAUUAAAGAUGUUUUUGGCUGCCAUGGGUUUUGUGUACUUUGCCAAAGCAUUUCAGGGCAGCUACAUGAAGAGCUCUGUCACACAGAUUGAGAGACGUUUUGACAUUCCUAGCUCACUGAUUGGAUUCAUUGAUGGAAGUUUUGAAAUUGGUAAUUUGUUUGUAAUAGCUUUUGUAAGUUACUUUGGCGCUAAGCUUCAUAGACCACGACUCAUAGGAGCUGGAUGUUUAAUCAUGGCCAUCGGAUCCUUCAUAACUGCGGCACCACAUUUCUUCCAAGGACCGUACAAAUACGAGACAUCAAUUUCACAUUUCUCCGCCUCUAAUGAUACAGAGAGUAUUCUACCAUGCUUAACCAAUGGGAGUCUUACACAUGAUAAUGAAAUUCCCACAGUGGAAAUUCAAGCAGGGUGUGAGAAAGCAGCCAGCUCCUCCUUGUGGCUCUAUGUCUUUCUCGGGAACAUGCUUCGUGGGGUAGGAGAGACACCAGUCAUGCCUCUUGGGUUGUCUUAUCUGGAUGAUUUUUCGAGGGAAGAAAACACUGCUCUUUACAUGUCUCUCGUACAGACUUUGGGAAUAAUGGGGCCUGUGUUUGGAUUCAUGUUAGGAUCAUUCUGUGCCAAGCUCUAUGUGGACAUAGGAGCAGUGGACUUAGAUACCAUCACCAUCAACUACAAAGACUCACGUUGGGUUGGUGCCUGGGGGCUGGGCUUUUUGUUAACUGGUGGAGUGAUGCUACUGGCCGGAAUUCCCUUUUGGUUCUUUCCCAAGUCUCUUCCAAAGCAGGGCGAGACUGAAACUGAGAAAAAAUCGAAUGUUUUAGAGGGCGAGCAGGACCGUUUCAUUCCUGAUAACAACAAACACAGUACUGCUCCCAACAAACCAGCUUCCAUGGCAGUUCUGGCUAAAGGUGUCCCCUACCCUCUUGAUGGAGGAGCCAAACGUGGAGGUUCCAAAGAUCUGGAUGCGCGUGUCAAAUUGUGCCCUCCACUUGAGAAAGAAGGCUCUUCCUCAGGGGGAAUCGCCAUAGAGAUGGAACCAGUUUUCCCCCUGGACGAGUUCAGACAGUUCAGCAUUGAAUGGGUGUGCUUGUUUGUGAGACACGUCAUCAUGUUGACCGAGUCCAAUUCCAUACAGAAGAAAAGAGAUGCUCUGCACUGGGAAGAGCUUGCUCUUCUCCCAGUUGACCUGAAGCCCAAACUGACUAAGGUGCCAGAGCACCAGGUCCCUGUGCUUGCAAAACAGAUCUCAAGAAUGCUAUUUCCCCUAGGAACCUAUGAAAUUGUUUCAGUGGAACCAGUUUUCCCCCUGGACGAGUUCAGACAGUUCAGCAUUGAAUGGGUGUGCUUGUUUGUGAGACACGUCAUCAUGUUGACCGAGUCCAAUUCCAUACAGAAGAAAAGAGAUGCUCUGCACUGGGAAGAGCUUGCUCUUCUCCCAGUUGACCUGAAGCCCAAACUGACUAAGGUGCCAGAGCACCAGGUCCCUGUGCUUGCAAAACAGAUCUCAAGAGGCACCCACCGCUACUUUGGUGAAGACGUGGGAAGCAAGGGUUAUCCCAAAAAGGAGGACUUUGUACUGGUAUGCCUGACCCUCGAAAGCAAAGCGAAGAAACGGUCUGUGUUGAGCAUCUUGAAUGGGAGCUUGUGCGGAGCCUGCUUCAAGACUCGCAGAUCCAAGAUCAGUUGUAGCCCACCACCUUUCUUGGGCAUUAUGAAUCUACCAGCUGUGGCUUUGGGAAUCAUCACUGGUGGGUUUAUAAUGAAGAAGUUCAAAUUGAAUGUUCUCGGAGCAACCAAGAUCUGCACUGGAACGUCUCUUCUGGCUUUCUCUUCGAUGCUUAUUCAGUAUUUCCUGCAAUGUGACAACUCACAAGUGGCUGGUCUUACAGUGUCAUAUCACGGGAAAUCAUCUUUUGUCUUUAUAGGCAUUAUGAAUCUACCAGCUGUGGCUUUGGGAAUCAUCACUGGUGGGUUUAUAAUGAAGAAGUUCAAAUUGAAUGUUCUCGGAGCAACCAAGAUCUGCACUGGAACGUCUCUUCUGGCUUUCUCUUCGCUGCUUAUUCAGUAUUUCCUGCAAUGUGACAACUCACAAGUGGCUGGUCUUACAGUGUCAUAUCACGGGGCUCCACAGGUGUCCUACCAGCAAAAUACACUAAUUUCUUCAUGUAAUAUGGGUUGCUCCUGCUCUCUCAAACACUGGGAUCCCAUAUGUGCCAGCAAUGGCUUGACCUAUGCUUCCCCCUGCCUCGCUGGCUGCCAGACCUCCACUGGGGAUGGCAGGGACAUGGUAUUCCACAACUGCACCUGUAUUGGAGAGUCGCCGCUCCCAUUUGCAAACAUGUCAUCAGUGUUGGGCCAGUGCCCUCGCAAGAGUGAUUGUGACUACAUGUUUAAGUUCUACAUGGCGGUGACAGUCAUUGGUGCCUUUCUCUCGGCUUGUGGGGCCACACCAGGUUACAUUAUUCUGCUCAGAACCAUAAAUCCAGAACUAAAGUCUUUGGCUCUUGGUAUUUAUAUUUUGAUUGUUCGGACACUGGGUGGCAUUCCCCCUCCUAUUUAUUUCGGAGCCUUGAUUGACAGGACCUGUCUGAAAUGGGGCACAAAACAAUGUGGUGGGAGAGGAGCGUGUCGUAUCUAUGAUUCUGGUGCCUUCAGAAAUGCUUUCUUGGGUCUUAUUUAUGGCCUGUAUUCCUUAUCCUACGUGUUGUGGGGAAUCCUGUACAACAGACUGUCUCAUCGCGAAAAGAAGCUUGCACUAAAGAACCAAUUAAAAGCUCCAGAACAGGAUGACAAUGGUGUUUCUUCUGGCAAUGGGAAUGUAUCUUCAGCUAUUGUAAAAUGCAGCGAAAACCCAGACCAGGAGACCACUAUCUGAAGUUAUGCUUCCAGUACUUUUUAAAAAGUCAAAUGUGUGUAUUGCUCCAAAAAGUGUUAGAGGAGAUAUCCAUAUCCAUGCCAAAUGGAAAGGUUUUGGUCAUGAAAUUGUGUUAAUUUGUAGAUUUAUUGAUCGGAUGCUGUUAUUUCCUGGAUCUAAUACAUAUAUUUGUAUUUGCAUUAUUUACACAUUUAAAGGACACCAAGUAGUAUCAACAUUAGAAAGUAAAAUAUUAAACUCAAAGUAUACAUGCCUAGGUAUGGAUAAUAUGGUUCAUCAGACUAGAACAUUGUUACAUAGAAUUACUGUUAUUGUGUCAGGUCAUUAUAAGCUCACUGUUUCAUAGGAGUUUCUUGUCAUGUCAUAAUGGUAUACAUUGAGGUCAUAUAUAUAUAUAUAUAUAUAUAUAUAUAACUGUAUGCAACUGAAAGUAAUGGACAGGAUGUAAUGUACAUUGGGGUAUUUGGCAACAUUACUUAUGAACUGUGAUUGUGUACUUUAUAAUACUUCAAAACCCUUAUGAAGUAAACAUAAAGCAAACGAUAUAACUUUUUAUUAGUAAUAUCAGCCCAUUUGCAUGAACCCACCAUUAUU